GGAACAUGAGGGAGCCCGCUGAGCAAUGCUGGGUGUCAUUGGAGCGUUCCUGUUUCCCAGUGACCGCAGAGACGGCCUGGGAGUCAGAUGUGGCUCAGACAGGGAGAGGAGAGGGGCAGCCAGCCGAGGCCCAAGGUGUCUGAGAUGCCGCUGCCACAGAAGAAGCGCUGGGUGUCCAUGGCCAAGGGGCUGGUGCUGGGCGCACUCUUCACCAGCUUCCUGGUGCUGCUGUACUCCUAUGCUGUCCCCCCACUGCACGCUGGCCUGGCCUCCACAAGGACCCCAGAAGGCACAGCGCCCUGCUCCCCGGAGCCCGCUGAGCCGGAGACCCAGACCCCGGCCAACAGCUCUGCGGGAGCUUGCCAGCCUCGGCGCGACAUCGUGUUCAUGAAGACGCACAAGACGGCCAGCAGCACGCUGCUCAACAUCCUGUUCCGCUUUGGCCAGAAGCACGGGCUCAAGUUCGCCUUCCCUAACGGCCGCAACGACUUCGACUACCCAGCCUUCUUCGCUCGCAACCUGGUGCAGGACUAUCGGCCCGGUGCCUGCUUCAACAUCAUCUGCAACCACAUGCGCUUCCACUAUGACGAGGUCCGCGGGCUGGUGCCGCCCAACGCCACGUUCAUCACCGUGCUCCGCGACCCCGCCCGUCUCUUCGAGUCCUCCUUCCACUACUUCGGUUCGGUGGUGCCCUUCACGUGGAAGCUCUCGGGCCGCGACAAGCUGGCCGAGUUCUUGCAGGACCCGGACCGCUACUACGACCCCAACGGCUACAACGCCCACUACCUCCGCAACCUGCUCUUCUUCGACCUAGGCUACGACAGCAGCCUGGACCCCGGCGACCCGCAGGUGCAGGAGCACAUCCUGGAGGUGGAGCGCCGCUUCCACCUGGUGCUCCUGCAGGAGUACUUCGAUGAGUCCCUGGUGCUGCUCAAGGACCUGCUGUGCUGGCAGCUCGAGGACGUGCUCUACUUCAAGCUCAACGCCCGCCGCGCCUCGGCCGUGCCGCGCCUCUCCGGGGAGCUGUACCGGCGCGCCACGGCCUGGAACGUGCUGGACGCCCGCCUCUACCGCCACUUCAACGCCAGCUUCUGGCGCAAGGUGGAGGCGUUCGGGCGGGAGCGCAUGGCCCGGGAGGUGGCCGCCUUGCGGCGUGCCAACGAGCGCAUGCGGCGCAUCUGCAUCGACGGGGGCAGGGCCGUGGACGCCGCCGCCAUCCAGGACUCGGCCAUGCAGCCCUGGCAGCCGCUGGGUGCCAAGUCCAUCCUCGGCUACAACCUCAAGAAGAGCAUUGGGCAGCGGCACGCGCAGCUCUGCCGUCGCAUGCUCACGCCUGAGAUCCAGUACCUGAUGGACCUCGGCGUCAACCUGUGGGUCACUAAGCUCUGGAAGCUCAUCCGGGACUUUCUGAGGUGGUGA